UUUAACCUUUCAUAAUUGAACCCGCAUAUUCGGCAAUGGUAUCCCUCUGUUCUCUUUAAUUUUCAGUCAUUAUCAUUUCCUCACCUCUAAUUUAGACCCAAAAUAUCAUAUCAAUUCUGGAACAUUCAAUUUCUUUUAAGUAAACAAUCUAAAAUCCCCCAUUCUUAAACGCCACAACACAAAAGUAGCACCUCACUAAUGGAUAUGAAAUUACCAUUCUCAGCUUCAUUCUCUUCUGCCAAAACAAUGAUCAUGUCUGUAUUAUUUCUACUCAUAUUCUUUCUCUAUACUCUCUUCUGGGUUUUAUCUAAAAGCUCAUUGUUCAGUUCUCAACAUCGGAAUAAGAAACCGCAGCCACCACCAGUAGCCGGUGGCGCCUGGCCGGUGAUCGGCCACCUUCAUCUACUAAAUGGAUCCGAACCAGCCCACAAAAUCAUAGGGAAAAUGGCAGAUUCUACUGGACCAAUUUUCACAUUAAAAUUGGGAACACAUACAGCAGUAGUCGUCAGCGAUUGGGAAAUAGCGAAAGAGUGUUUUACUACAAACGACAGAGCAUUUGCAUCUCGCCCCAAAUUAACUGCCACAAAGCACAUGGCGUAUGAUAAUUCCAUGUUUGGGUUUGCCCAAUACGGCCCGUUCUGGCGCCACAUGCGCAAAAUAACCUCUCUUGAACUCUUGUCCAAUCACCGCCUCCACCAAUUUCAGCCCAUCAGAACAUCAGAAAUCCAGAGCUCCAUUAAGAAGCUAUACGAGUUAUGUACCAUUAACAAAAAUGGAGAGAAAGUGUUGGUCGAUAUGAAGACAUGGUUCGAAGACAUUACUCUCAACAUCAUAUUUAAAAUAGUGUUCGGAAAGCGAUUCUCCGACGCUAAGUUAGAAGGAAGUGAAGAUUAUCGAAAGACUUUUAGGGGUUUACUUGAAUUGUUUGGAAUGUUUGUUCCUUCAGAUUCAUUUCCAUUUCUAAGUUGGUUAGAUUUGGGAGGGUAUGAGAAGGCUAUGAAGAAGGCUUCAAAAGUGGUGGACGAGGUGUUUGAUAAAUGGCUUAAAGAGCAUCGUCAGAGGAAAAUGGAGAGUAAUAAUAAUAAAGUCGAUCAGGACUUCAUGGAUGUGAUGAUUUCUAUUGUUAAAGAUGAUGAUGAACAACUUUCUGGCUAUGAUGGAGACUCGGUCAUUAAAGCUACUUGUUUGGCUAUGAUAUUGGGUGGAUUUGAUACUACCGCAACAACAAUGACAUGGGCUCUUUCUUUACUUCUCAACAAUCAAGAAACGCUUAAGAAAGCAAAGCUUGAAUUAGAAGAACAAGUUGGAAGACAAAAACAGGUGAGAGAGUCCGAUGUAAAAAAUUUAAUAUAUCUCCAAGCUAUUGUGAAAGAAACAUUACGUCUUUAUCCUGCUGCACCACUCUCAAUCCCUCGUGAAUCUAUUGAAGAUUGUUCUAUAUUUGGCUACCAUAUCCCCUCAAGAACACGGCUAAUAGUAAAUCUUCAAAAGCUCCAAAGAGAUCCACUUGUUUGGGAAGAACCUAAUGAAUUUCAACCAGAAAGAUUUCUGACAAGUAAAAAAGAAUUUUUUGUUAGAGGUCAGAGUCCUCAACUAAUUCCAUUUGGAAGUGGCCGAAGAAUAUGUCUUGGAAUAUCUUUCGCCCUCCAAGUUAUUCAUCUUACUCUCGCAAAUCUGCUUCAUGAAUUUGAAAUUGAUAGGCCAUCGAAAGAUUUACUUGAUAUGGAAGAGAGUUUUGGAUUGACUAGUACUAAGAAAUCUCCACUUGAGGUUGUUUUAACUCCACGCUUGCCCGCUUAAGUUUAUGAAUAAUUUAGCAAAGCUAGGGAAAGGAAACUAAACGUUGGGAAAGUACUUUUUUUAGGGGAAAAAAAAGGAAAGUACUGAUUAGUAAAUUGGUUUGAUUAUUGUUGAGACAUGUUGGUUUGAUAAUAAUAAAAUUAUUGUCGUGGUUCCUUUUUUCCCGUGGAAA